AUGUCGAAACAGAAAUUUUGUUGCUCAUCCAGAGAAUAUUAUUCAUUGACGAAUAAUUUGGUGGAAACGUUGAUUAUAAUUCCACGCGUAGUCGUUUGCAAAAAACUGAAAAAGGGGCAAGUAUAUACGCAAACAAUAACCAUCAAAAAUAAAGGAUUGUAUCCACGCAACUUGAUAUAUGCGACUGAUAGUCUACAAGAUACAAAAAUUAUUUUUCCUCCUGACUGGGAAUAUGACUACUUGCAACCCGAUGAAGUUAUUGAAAUAAAGGUUCUGAUAACUCCUACCUCGAAUAGCGUGCAUACUGAUUACAGACAUAUUUAUAUUCAAUCGGAGCAUCCAAAUAUAACUUUUGAAAUACCCAUAAUUGGUAAAGCAAAGGAUCAUUGCUAUAUACCCAAAUCCAUUGACUUUCCAUCCUCGGUACCACAAGAAUAUGCCUACUACGAGUUCGUUGCCUUCAACCCAACGAACGAUACGCAAACUGUUGUUGUAAAGAGCCCACCGCAGAAUAUUAAGGUGACUCAAACGAAAAAAGGCAUUCCAAAGCAUGACUACAUUAGGAUAUUACUAACUCUCAAAGUAGCUGAUGACAAUAUUAUGCAAGAUGUCAUUAAGCUCAAAAUUGAUUCUUUAUUUUAUGAAACAAAUAUAAUGCAUGAGCCAGUUACGAACUCCUUAUACCUUAACACAAAUAAAUUAACGUUCGAAGAAUUGAAAUAUGAACGAGAAUCAAAACUUACUGUUAUGAUAUGUAACGAAUUUAUGGCGGAAAAAGAUUUAAUUGUAACGUUUCUUACCGAUCCAACUCAAUUGCAAGAAAAUCCACUCUUCAAUAUAAAUCCAAUGCGCUCCCAACAAUCCUCCAUGACGAAUAUUAACGUUUAUUCUACCAAUACUUACAUACCGAUCGAUGAUGAUGAGCUCAAUUUUUUUGCUUAUAAGCAUUUCAAAAUCGAAACCGAGAAACUAACAAUCAGCGGUCGAAGCUCAAAGGAAAUAACUGUAUGCUUUCAUCCGGUUAUGUUGCCCGAGUGCGAUUUCAGUGAUACUACUUUGCCACCGUUCAGAGUGCGUACAAGACUAUUUUUUACCGUUACCAAUGAGAUGGUGCCCUAUCGCAAAUCAUUGAUGCUCAAAGGCUUUAUCAGUGGCCCUGAAAUCGAACUUAAACCAAAAGAAAUACGACUGCGUAAAAUUUACAUGGGCGAAGAACAUUGUGAGCUUAUAAAUGUUUUGAAUGUCGAUGAUAAAGUAAAUGCUCAAGUAAAAUUCAAAGAUGUUUUGCACCCCGGCACUGCUUGUGCAUUAGUAAAACCGGAAGAGGGUUAUGUGUUGGGACCAAGCGAAAGUGGUGUCUUCAAUAUCUCUUUUUUCUCACGAGUCAUUGGAGCUUUUGUAGUGAAGCUGCGAUUCAAGGUCAAAAAUGGCGACGUUUUCGAAGUCAAUGUAAAGGGCCACUCGAUAAACGCAAGACUCAAAAUGUUUCCAGAGGUAUUGGAGUACGGUACUAUACCAUUUGGUAUACCAUGUAAGCGACUAAUGUUAUUGGUAAAUCCAUUUUUGGUACCUGUUGCGGUACAAGUUACCGUUGGCGAGGAUGGCGAAGAAACACCGCUUGUGCUUAAUGUAGACAAUGCUGAUGGAUUACAACCGAUAACUGUUAAAGAUUAUAUAGCUGCUAUGAUGGCGAUGUCGGAUGACGAAGAUGAUAAAGGUAGUCAAGGCGAACGGACGAUAGAAUUGAUAAGUAAAACGGAUUCAUUGCCGUCAUACCGUUCGGUCGGUACAGAAAUUUCUACGUGUAGUAGCCAUUUUGAAGAAGAAGUCUUAGAUGCCAUACCAGAUUUUGCAUUUACUAUAGUCAACAAAAUAAAGGAGAAAAAAUAUCUGGAAAACAGAGAAGCGGAAGAAUGUGUAGUUAGCGAGGCUUUACAACUGCUAUUGCAUACAAAUUAUUUUAAUUCGCUUAAGCAAUUUUCAAAUUAUGGUCAAAUGGAUUGGAAUAUUGUGCCGUUUAACCCGAAAGAGAUUUAUUGUGACAAGGAAAUUAUAUAUUUGCAACCGAAUGCAGGUAAAAGCAUUUCGGUGUUACUAAUACCAAAUAGAGUAGGCUUAUUCAAUCGCUCGCUAAAUGUACGCAUUUGUCCAAUAACCGAAGAAGAACACGAUGUGGAUAAUACCGAUGCACGCUGGGAUCUGCGUGGUACAUUUUUUAUAAACUCAAAAAUGUUUACAACAAAAAUUUGGUUGGAAUACAAUUGUCGCUUGCCAGAGAUUACUUUCACACAAGAUAUAAGCUAUGAAAUGGAAAGUAUCUACGUUGGCCAAGGAGUAGAAUUAAUUAUGUCUUUUAAAAAUACAACCAAUGUACCCGGUUUCUUCCACUUCGAUGUGAUACCCGCUGACGACCUUGGUGAACUGACCUUGCAGGAUGAUAUUUCGAAAUAUUUCAUGCCCUCACAUGGAGAAGUUGCAGUAGAAGGUACCAUAGUAUUUCAUCGAUUAGGUAAAGUUAAACUCUCUGGGCUUAUUAAGAUAGUGGGUAAUCCGAACGGAUCGCCAUUUCACAUAUUCGCCGAAGUGAAACCAACUAAAAUCAAAUUAUCAGCGACCACUAUUUACAAGCGUCAAAAAGUACUCGAAUGGUCUGUGGUACAUUUGUGUAUAGAAAAUGAUACACCAACGGUAACAAGUUUCACCAUGAGGCUGAAAAACUAUAAAUACCAAUAUAUUGAACCCAGUGGCGCCGUACUUUCGCCAGAGGGCCAAGGCAUGUAUGUUUCAAUUUUCUCAAAGUACUACGAUGCGGAUACUUAUCACAAUACUUUAGUCAUAAAUAUUAGGAAUAGCGCUACCAUUGAAGUACCACUGACCUACGUCGUAGAGGGCUCACCCAUCAAUAUGGAACCGAAUAUUUUCAAUGGCCACGAUUGUGGUACACUAAUGAUAAAUUGUCAAGAUAAUAAGUACGAAACCGAAACGAAUGAGCCAAAAUAUAAAAAAGAAGUAAAACUAACAAAUAAUGGCAAACAUAGAUAUUGCUUUUAUAUCGACAAGUUACGCAAUAAUCUAGCGAAAUGUGCAAUUGAACUUGGACGUGGCCAUUUGACAGUUUCACCGAAAACUUUAUGUCUCGAACCGCAAUCCGAGGGUACUUUGUAUAUAACAGCCGAUUCCUGUGACGCUGGCAUAAUAUAUAAUGAGUUUCGUGUCAGAAUAAUCGAUCAAGAUUGCAAAUUGAAGGUACACACUACACGCUUUACAGUUACAGCCACAUUUGUGGAACCGGAAAUACAUUGGUGUCAAAAGCUAAUACAGAUGGAGUAUAAUAGGACGCAUAUUUAUAAAGAUCAUCCUGUGUUGGCCACUGCAUGCCUAAAGAACAUGAGUGAUGUGCAGAGUAACGUCUAUCUGAAAAUUUUGGGGCCAUUUAAAAUCAAGCAGUUAUUUGAACACCAUUUCACUAAAGUCAUUAAUUUCACCAUGAAUGGCCUAGAAGAGAAAGAGAUUUUAAUAUCGCUACAUAAAUCGGCAAUACGUGAAGAAUUUUGCACCACCGUGGAUGGGCGCAUACUCUGUGAGGCAGAUAAUAAAUAUCAGAGAUCAUUGCAAUUGAAAUUAAUAAUCCGCAGUCCAGAAUUGAGAAUCACACAACCGGAUAUGAUAAUAUUUACACGUGAAAGGGAAACUUUGACUUAUGUGGAAGUAAGAAAUAUAUCUUGUUUGGACGCACAGUACAAAUGGAAGAAAGUCGAAGAGAAGACGGCAUAUGUCGCAGAUUACGAUGACACCUACAAAUUUUCACUUGAUAUACUCUCCGAAAUAAUACGCAUGUUGGACAUUGAUGAUAAUGAUACGGAUGAGGAUUCAAUUUAUCAACGCAAUAUGACUUUACGCUAUCAGAAAUAUCGCUGCAAAUUGAAACAACUCGAGGAUCCAAUUGGCAUUUCGACUAUCAUCGAUGAACUCAUCGAUAAUUUGGAUUUAGAACAUAAACGUUAUAUGGUGAAUCUGGUUGAAGAGGGUAAUACUUGUUUGAGUGCGAAGCGUUGCACUUCGGGCGAAUUCGUGAACAAAACUUUGGAUGGCAUUUUGCAUGGUCUGAAACUGGAGGACUCCUACGAUAUUUCGCAAGAGAGUUUAGAUGAGUGCGACAAUGAGCGCACCAUACACUUUUUAGAAAAGAGUGGAUUUGUGAAGAAAUUCAGUGAAGUAAAAUCUGCGCUAUUUUUACCGCCAGUCAAACCAGGUUAUGCCAAAACGGCUGUAUUUAUACUCGACACGUUUGGCAGUUGUCCGCAACAAUUCGGCAUUACGCUGGUAAAUUUGGAAAAGGUUAUGGAAUUCUCAUCGGAGAGCGUGUAUCUCGGAGUCAAGCCUUGGUAUGAACUCUUCAAUGCCUCUGUGCGUAUAAUCAACGUCACCCAGUAUCCCAUCACUGUAAGUGUAAGUCACAAAACAGUGGUGGACAAAAGUCAACGGCUCUUCCAAGGUUAUGCAAAAAUUAUUGACAAUAGAACUUUUGAUAUUUGCAAAUUUAAGUCAACGCUGCUGCGGUUCGAAGGCAUAAUGGGUUUCUCCGGGCAAUUCAUGCAUGAAAUUCAAGUGACUGCGAAUAAGAGCGAAGAGCAGAUAAUACAAUUACGCGGCCAGGGUAUAAUGCCCAUAAUUGCAGUAACCACGAAAUUGCAACGUCCCGAACAGGCGAUUUUCGAGAUUUUAGACGAAUAUGAACUACUACGCGCCAUCUACUAUUUUGAUGUAUUCAAAUCGAUAACCGAAUUCGACGAAGAUUUGCCAGUGCCCAAGGAGGAGGACAAUGUCAGCCGGCGUACCAUUGAAUAUUCAUUGAGCAGCAUAAACACAGAUGCCACCACGAGCACUACGAGCAGUCGGCAAGCGCGUUUCUUUCAAUUGAUGAAAACUUAUGUAAUUGUCAAUAAUAAUGGUGAACUGCCGCAUGCAAGCGUGUUGGAGCAAAUAAUCGAGACACAAAAGUUUAUUAAGCAAUUGCAAGCAAAUACGAAAACGGCGCUACUCUUACGUAAGGUGCAUCAGGAUUACGUGAAGCUGAUCAGCAGCUAUGGUGAAUCGAUGCCAAUUAAUCUCAAGCACUUCACCACACAACCGCUACCAUUUCAGCAGCAGGGUUUUGUAUUCAAUAUGAAUCAAUUGGUAUUGGGACAAUUGAGAAAAUUCGUUAUCGAUUUGCAUUUCUAUGGACCUGGCAAACUGAUUGCAUCUGUGCGCACAGAGGUGAAAAUACCUGGGCUGUAUGUGGAUUUCGAAGUGAAAAAGAGUGAGAAUCACGACUAUAUAUUCUAUGCAGCUGAAAAGAAAUCGGCCAGCUUAUUGGUCAAACGCUAUCGCAAUCUUUUUGAGCGUAUUAUCGAUACAGAAACAGAUCCGAAAGUCAAGCAUGCGCAUUCGUUCGAUUUGGAUCGUAAAGAGCAGCAUACGCGCUUGGAAGUGGACGCUAAGCAGCGCAAAGAAUUGCAGAACUACUAUAACAGCUUGAAUAAAUCGGUAUAUGAAGAUCACAAGCAUCACUUUACUUUGUGCAAAAUAUUCAGUAACAGCAAGCGGAACUAUUAUAGCGGCGAAGCGAGGCUUGUAAUUUUGUUUAAACCGGAAGCGAAGUACUACGAGGAGGGACAAAUACUUGAGGAUUAUCUAUACAUUGAUCUACAUUUGGGCCCCACUUUGCCUAUACUGCUGCGUGGCCUCAUCGCUAAGCGUGAUUAG